GCUAUCAGUACUGGUCUACUUACAUUAGUACUGGUCUACUUACACGUACAAUGUAGUUCCCAGAGCGACGCACUGGCCCAUUCCUGGUUCUUAUCUCUAUAGUUGACAAACAGAUUUCUAUCACGAUGGAAUCCAGUCCUGUUUUUGUAGCCUGUGUGCUGAUCCUGUCCGCCCUAGGGGUCAGGUCGGACCACCAUUGCCCCGCCCUGUUUGACGUUUAUGACAGGGACCACCGGGACGGUCUCAGUUUUGACGAAUUCAAGGGCAUUUUUAUACCCACAUUUGAUACCGAGUUUCCAGCCGAUGGACAAGUGUCACGUGACGAGAUGAUCAACGGCUGGAGAACCGGACACUGUGACAUCCAGGACAGGACCGCCGGUCUGCUGAUCUUCAUGGAAUCGGACGUUGACCGAGACAUGGUUGUCACGGGUACCGACUUAAACAACAUAUUCCAGGAGUUUGAUCACGACAGGAAUCAACACCUCUCCGCCAGCGAGUUUAGGAGUGGCUGGAGUAACAGAUACGGCAGGCAUUCAUUGUAUUCCGUCGCCCAUCACUGAUACAAAUAAACUUCUUUUCUUUUA